CGAACCAUGGUCCUCCCAUGGCCUGAGAGUUCCCAUCUCCCAUCGGCACCACCGUCCCCGCCGCCGCCAUCAUGCCAUCGCCGGCCAGUCGAUCUCCGCCGCUCCUCCUCCUCGUCCCUUUCCUUCUCCUUCUUCUCUUCUCCGCCGCUUCCGCCUGGAAGAAGGACGAAUUCCGGAACUGCAACCAGACCCCCUUCUGCAAGCGCGCCCGCGGCCGCAAGGCCCACUCCGUCCCAUCCCUCUCCACCGCCGACAUCUCCAUCUCCGACGGCGCCGUUGUCGCCCGCCUCCUCCCCUCGCAACCCCUCCGCCAGGCCACCGACGGCGACGACCCCGAGUCCGACACCGUUCCCCCUCGUCCCCUCCUUCUCCGCAUCUCCGUCUACCAGGGCGGCGUCCUUCGCCUCCAUAUCGACGAGGACGCCUCCGCUCCCCGCCGUCGCUUCCAGGUCCCCGACGUCCUCCUUCCGGACCUCGACGACCGCCGCCUUUGGCUAUCCCGACUCUCCUCCCCCGCCGCCGGAUCCUCCUCCUUCUACCUCGCUGAGGGAUUCGAGGCCGUUCUCGUCCACGACCCCUUCCAGAUCCAGGUCCGCCGUAAGGGCUCGGGAGAGCCCGUCCUCUCCUUCAAUUCCCACGGACUCUUCGACUUCGAGCAGCUGAGAGCCAAGAAGAACGACGACGAGGACUGGGAGGAGCGGUUCCGGGGCCACACCGAUACCCGGCCGCACGGCCCCCAGUCGAUCAGCUUCGACAUCUCCUUCCACGGCGCCGACUUCGUCUACGGCAUCCCCGAGCACGCGUCCACAUCCCUCGCCCUCCGCCCCACCAGCGGUCCUGGCGUCGAAUUCUCGGAGCCUUAUCGUCUCUUUAACCUCGAUGUCUUCGAGUACCUUGAUGAUUCCCCCUUUGGGCUCUAUGGCUCCAUUCCCUUCAUGCUCUCCCACGGCGCCCGAUCCUCCUCUGGCUUCUUCUGGCUCAAUGCCGCCGAGAUGCAGAUUGAUGUCCUAGGCCCCGGGUGGGACGACCCGGCCGCGCCGGCCAAGGACAGGAUCGACACCGUGUGGAUGAGCGAGGCCGGGGUUGUUGAUGCCUUCUUCUUUGUAGGGCACGAGCCCAAGGAUGUGCUGCGGCAGUACACGGGCAUCACCGGGACCCCUGCGAUGCCGCAGGAGUUCGCCGUAGCUUACCAUCAGUGCCGGUGGAAUUACCGGGACGAGGAGGAUGUUGCAGCUGUGGAUGCUGGGUUCGAUGAGCAUGAUAUUCCUUAUGAUGUGCUGUGGCUUGACAUCGAGCACACCGAUGGGAAGCGGUACUUCACUUGGGACAGAGUGCUGUUCCCCAACCCACAGGAGAUGCAGGGGAAGUUGGCGGCCAAGGGGAGACACAUGGUGACGAUCGUUGACCCUCACAUCAAGCGGGAUGAUUCCUUCUACAUACACAAGGAGGCCAGCGAGAGGGGGUACUACGUGAAGGAUGCAUCAGGGAAGGAUUUUGAUGGGUGGUGCUGGCCAGGCUCCUCGUCGUAUCUGGAUGUGUUGAAUCCAGAGAUUCGAGAAUGGUGGGCUGAGAAAUUCUCCUUCGAGAACUAUGUGGGUUCAACUCCAUCAUUGUAUAUAUGGAAUGACAUGAAUGAGCCUUCAGUCUUCAAUGGCCCUGAGAUUAGCAUGCCCAGGGAUGCCAUACAUUUUGGGGAUGUAGAGCACCGGGAAUUACAUAAUGCAUAUGGGUACUACUUCCACAUGGCUACAUCAAAUGGACUUCUAAAGCGAGGUAAUGGAAAAGAUAGGCCAUUUGUGUUGUCACGGGCUUUCUUUGCUGGAAGCCAACGGUAUGGUGCAGUAUGGACUGGAGAUAAUACUGCAGAUUGGGACCAUCUCAGAGCUUCAGUUCCAAUGAUUUUAACACUUGGUCUUACUGGCAUGACAUUCUCUGGUGCCGAUGUUGGUGGAUUCUUUGGCAACCCAGAACCUGAACUGUUAGUGCGUUGGUACCAACUAGGUGCUUAUUACCCUUUCUUUAGAGCUCAUGCUCAUCAGGACACUAAGAGACGGGAACCUUGGUUAUUUGGAGAGCGCAACACUGCUCUGAUAAGAGAGGCAGUACAUGUUCGAUAUUCAUUGUUACCAUAUUAUUAUACACUAUUCAGAGAGGCUAGUGUAAGUGGCAUCCCUGUCAUGCGCCCUUUGUGGCUAGAAUUUCCUGCUGAUAAAGAAACAUAUAACAAUGGUGAGGCUUUCAUGGUUGGGCCAAGUUUGUUGGUCCAAGGGAUUUACGAAGAGAGGCAAAAAUCUGUGUCAGUUUAUCUUCCUGCUGGGCAGUCUUGGUAUAACCUGAGAAAUGGAGUUUCAUAUGCCGGUGGUGUAUCUCACAAACUGGAAGUUUCAGAAGACAGCAUACCCACUUUCCAGAGGGCAGGAACUAUAAUACCCAGGAAGGACAGAUUUAGGCGUAGUUCUACUCAAAUGGUGAAUGAUCCUUACACGCUGGUGAUAGCUCUGAAUGGUUCAUUUGCUGCUGAAGGAGAGCUUUAUGUUGAUGAUGGCAAAACCUAUGACUUCGAGCAGGGGGCAUACAUCCAUCGCCGUUUUAUCUUUGCCGAUCUCAAGCUAACAUCAGUAAAUAUUCACCCUGCCAAUUUAGGAGGGAAGUUCCCUUCAGACUGUGUUAUAGAAAGGAUUGUUCUUCUAGGGUUACCAUCUGGGGCAAAGAAAGCUGUGAUUGAACCUGGAAAUCGUGAGGCUAACGUUGAACUUGGUCCUCUCACUCUGCGAGGAGGGUCAAGCCCGGAUGCAAUUACAGUCCGAAAGCCCAAUGUCCACAUUGCAGAUGACUGGACUCUCAGGAUAUUAUAAUACCCUGAUUUUUGCUGGAUAAGGAGUACUCAUGUUAGUCUUAAAUCAUAUUCAAGAGCAAUAUUGUUCAUUACUCUUUGUGCAUCUGUUGUGACCUACGAAACCUUUUUCAUGCAUGUUUGUGAUGCGUGCGGAUAGAAUUUUGUUAUGUUCCAAAUGAUUUGUUGCUGGUGGUUAAUGGUGAUCAGCUUCUAUACUUGUCAAGGUUGGGACGUCCUGAGAGAUGCCUUAAGACU